CGUCAACUUCAGAGAACGCUACUACCAAAGGAGCAACCAAUGCUAGCAAUGCUAAUCGUGAUGAGGAUGCCAUGACUGUGAUGAACACACAUGUUGCUGAAUACCUGGAGAAAUUAGGGCUUUCGGAGGCCGCUAAUGAGUUCUCAAAAAGAGCUGCAAAGGAUCCACUGCCUGAAGUGGAAUUGACUCAAGUUUUGCCACAAUUUUACGCUGCUUCACGUAUCUUGGAGGCAACGGAAAUGGGACAGCAAGCAAAUCCAGAAGGACCAAUAACUGCUGCGGAGAGGAGUCGAAUCUGGUCGAAACUGCAUAGUGCGCAUGAUACUUUUAUUGAGAAGCAGGCAACAGAGAAAGUGGAGAGGAAUUUCAGCCUGGAGAUCCGUAAGGCAACUUCAAAGAAUCGAACUAGCAACGGAGCAACUAGUGCUAGUAUUGAUCGUAAUGAGGAGGCUAUGAUAAUGCUGAAUGGCUUGGUCGCUGAAUAUAUAAAGAAAUUAGGGCUCGUGGAGGCCACUGAAGAAUUUUUAAAGAGAGCUCUGAAGAAACCACAAGCUGACUUGGAGUUGACUCGAGUGUGGCCAGAAUUUUUUGCUUGCUUACUUUUCUUGGAAAAAGCUGAAUCAGGAAAGAAGGCUCAUCCAGUACCUCUUGAGGAGUUAGUUCAGAUCAUGACACUUUUGCGUUUGCGUGCUACUUCAACUGUCUCCAAUGAAACUGAAUCUCAAAACCAGACUUUUUUGGGAGAUAAUACUGUUCCACUUCCACUGAUAGACAAUUGUGAAUACGAGCGUUGUUUACUUGAUUGGUUCCAUACUGUGGUUCUCGAAUCUGUCACUGUGCCUUUUUGGAGCACAUAUUCUACUGAUGCUCUUUGUUCAUUUCUUGACACCUUAUUGUUUUGCAGUGUGAUGGAUUUUCCUAUUCCAAAUUAG